AUACACUUCUACAAGAGAGGAAUGGAAUAGUAUCACGAAGUUAAGAGCGCAUAGUUUCAGAUAUUGUGGCAAAUUAGAGAACGAACGCUAUUUGGAACCGUCUUGCAGAGAUAUAUGAGCAGUGAGGCGAUCAUCGACGUUACGUUCUACCACAAGGAUGAGUUCGAGGGUUGACAGCAGAUCCUCUGUUUCCGAGCCUGGACAACAAACUUAAACUAUUUUUUCCUCUUCAUUUAAUAUUCACUGAUUACAAAAUUAUAUAACGAGUAGAAGCUCAUCCGAACCAUGGGUUUAUGUUUACGAGUUAAAUAAUAUAUUUUGAUUAAAUAUUAACUUUAACUUCACAAACCCAGUACUCCAGUAGUACUCAACUACUCCUACUAAACCCUGAUCCACUUCUCCUACUCCUACUCCUACUAAACCCUACUCCAAACCUGCAAAAUGAAACUACUGAUCCUAGGACUACUAAACCUAGUAAAAUCUGAUCAAGGGUUUGGUUCCUUUAAUUCAGGAAGCUUCUUCUCCUCCCAACCCAAUCCAAUAGGCUACGAGGCAUCAUCUGGAUCUCCUAAUCCGUAUUCUCCACCCUCUCCUCCAACCUUCACAACUCCACCUCCUCUAUCCAACUAUCCUGAACCUGCUCCUGAAUAUGCUGAACCUGGUCCACAGUAUCCAGAACCCGCUCCUAAAUAUUCCCAGCCUGCUCCUCAAUACGCUGAACCUGCUCCCAAAUAUUCUCAGCCUGCUCCUAAAUAUUCUAAACCUGCUCCGAAGUAUUCCAAACAUGCUCCAUACUCCAACUAUGAAGAGUCACCAACACACAAUUGCACAGUCCAGGAUGAGAAACUUACUGCUGAGGUUUGUACACCUAGUUUUAUAUCUAGCUGUGAACCUGUAACCCUGCAGGGAACUAGGAUUGGAGAAACAGACAAAUGUUUAACUAUUACUAGAACAGUGUGCACUCAAACUACAGAGGAAGCGAUGGUAAAUCUUUGUUCUAUCAAAUAUGAAUCCAAACCUAGAACAGCUGAGGGUACCCUGGUAGAGGUUGGAUUUGAGAAGGAAUGUAAUAAACAGAUGGUGACGGUAUGUGAACCUACUUAUCCUCGUCAUCAUGGAUACAGCUACCAACAAGGUUCGUAUCAACAUUGUAAGGAGAUAGCUCAAGAAACCUGCUACAAUAUUCCUUCAGUACACCCUAAACCUACCCAGGUAGAGGUACAGGUACCUGAACCUGUUCAAGACUGUGGACCCAGAAAGGUUGUUCUGCCAAGUAUAGAGUGUGAGGAUAUUACGGAGGAAAAAUGUGUAUCUGUACCAGCUAUUGAACCUGCAGAUGUACAGGCUGAACAGUGUACUGUACAGAUAGGACCUCCUGAAUGUAACCCUAUCGAACUGAUUCUACCGAAGCAGGUUUGUGUUGAGCUUGUUUAUGGUCAUGCAUCCAAACCUGUUCAUCCAGCUCAACCAUCCUACUCUCCUUCUCAAUAUACACCUCUUUAAUCCUUCCUUCUCAAUAUUCAUCUCUUUUAUCCUUCCUUCUCAAUAUUCAUCUCUUUAAUCCUUCCUUCUCAAUAUUCAUCUCUUUUAUCCUUCCUUCUCAAUAUUCAUCUCUUUAAUCCUUCCUUCUCAAUAUUCAUCUCUUUAAUCCUUCCUUAUCAAUAUUUAUUAUUCCUCCUUCUUAAUAUUGAUUACUUCUUCUUUCUCAAUAUUCAUUACGAUCCUUCUUAAUUUACGUUACUCCUAUCUUCUCAACAUUCAUUAUGAUCCUUCUUAAUAUUGAUUACUUCUUCUUUCUCAAUAUUCAUUACGAUCCUUCUUAAUAUUCAUUACUCCUUCCUUCUCAAUAUUCGUUACGAUCCUUUUUAAUAUUCAUUACUCCUUCCUUCUCAAUAUUCAUUACGAUCCUUCUUAAUAUUCAUUACUCCUUCCUUCUCAAUAUUCAUCACGAUCCUUCUUAAUAUUCAUUACUCCUUCCUUCUCAAUAUUCAUUACGAUCCUUCUUAAAAUUCAUUACGUCUUCCUUCUCAAUAUUCAUUACGAUCCUUCCUUCUUAAUAUUUAUUGCUCCUCCUUCUGAAUAUUGAUUAUAUUCUUCCUUCUUAAUUUUCGUUACUCCUUCCUUCUCAAUAAGUUCAAAUGUAUAAACCAUAUAUUUUAUAUUAUUAUUGUUUUUCUAGUCAUUGUUUAUAAUAAAGCUAAAAAGAAUGUG